AUGGCCGACGGAGAAAGGAAACCCAUUGGAGGUGAAAUACCCCCUGUCCUAUCCGACCUGCACAACGUCCACGCCAUCUACGGUUAUGCUGUCGAAUCAUCCAACCGCGACUAUUUCCCGAAGAACUCUCGACCCGGCUCCGAUAUGAGGAUCCUAAAUUCCAUCUUUCAAGCUGCAGGGGACGCCAGAGCGAGCUGUAUAGGGUUUUGCCAUUGCCACGUCGACGUCAACGAUAUACUUGAGGACAAGGACGGCCCGUAUUUCAUCAUCCUCGCCAUCAGCCACCCUCGGGAAGACCGGGAGCCGGAGGUGGAGAACCUGCACCCCGCCACAGGAAACGUCAGAGUUUGGAUCGAGUCGCUAGGACUUGAGGGCAGCCCCCGGUGGACGUGA